AUGAUCGACACCACCAUCAUGCAGCAGUCCUUCACCAACUUGCAGCUGAGCUUUAGAGGUGCUGAGAGGCAGCCGCCCUCAGCGCUAUCUCUCGCACUUCAAUUCUCAGCUGUCAUGAGGGCGAAGGCUGAGGAUGGAACCCAUAGUUCAAAGUUGGGGACAGAAGACCGCUUGAAUUUGAUCAUUGCCGAGUUCCACAACCACCCAGGAGUGAUUGCCAAAUUUCACUUGGAUGAAAACAAGCAAAAGGCAGUCUUACACCUUUUGGUGGGGACGACGCCCGAAACCAGAGCUGCCAUGCAGGCGCACCUGAAUUGGCACAAGUGGAAGGAAUGUGCGCUCUCCAGCGAGCUGCUGAGGUCGUCACGGUGGUUGCUGUCAGCUUACCCCAAAAAUGUGAAAAGCCAUUUCAAAAAGCUCUUGACCGUGACCGCAGAUGUCCAAGAAGCUUUCAUUGAGAACCACAUCGCUACUUUCAACUUGAAAACCAAACGGGUGAAAGCAAGUGUGCGUUGCAAACACCGUCCAACCGUUGGGGAAUGGGACAGAAUGGUUGACUACGCAUGUGUCAUGUUUCAUGCCGCAGAAGAAGCAGCAAAAUUCUGGAGCGAGGAUGAUUCCAAGAAAUUGGAAGUGGUGCAAUCCGUGCACUCUGCCUUCAUGGCAAGGCUGGAUGAAGUGGCUUGGGUGAAGCACCUCAACCUGCAGAACAAGAAGGUGAUCCGAGAGCACAUCAUUUCUGUCACCCAUGUCAAAGCGCAGAAUGCGAUUGGGCAGGGGAUUGUGGAGCGCUACAUGAACAAAUGGUGCCAUUUGAACUUGCUCGGUGAUUUGACCAAUGUCCCCAACCUCUCAGCAUGGCUGUCACAAGCCGCCACGGAGUGCAAGGUAAAGCCGGAGCAGUUGCAUGUUCUGACCAUUGUGGAUUUCACCAAGCUUGGAGUGGCAACUACUGGAGUGAUCAACAAGCAGUGCACGCUUCUGCAGAAGGUCUUGCAGCGAAACCCAGGGUGCUCAGCCGGUGUUAUCAUUGCGCCUCUCCUGGUUUCCACCUCUGGGGCCGGAUCCCUUCGCCAAGAUCAUCGAGCCAUUGUGGACAAGUGUGGCAACUUGGGCAUUGCUCUCCGCGACAUUCGCCUUGGGGUGGAUCCGGGGAACCUCCAUGGGAACUCGGAGAGGCCAAUCUACUUUCAUGGGUGGCUUUGUGUUGCAGACACGACACUUCCAUCGAAAGGAACAGGACACAGGAGGAACCGAAAUGACGAUCCUCAGGAUGCGGUGCACCUCAACACCUUCAUCCAGUCCAACCUGUGGAAGUUCCAGGGGUUUUCGUUGGAUAGCAUGCCGCAGAGGCUACCGGAAGCAGAUUUUGCAGUUCCAAAACCCAGUUCCAGUCACAUGAUGCACGGCGAAACCUUUCCGAUGCCCAGGAAACUUCGCAAUGGUGACAAGAAGACUGCAGUGAUCCACACAACUGGCUACUGUGGUGCUGUUGAGAAGGCGUGUCUUGGCAUGGGGAUCCCCAUCCUGAGCAUCACCGACAACCAAGUGUAUCAUGAGUACACCUCGAUGACCGUUGGGAACAUGCUCUUGGAGGACUGGAAGGCCGGGUCCGGUCUCAUUGGCAAGAUGGUGCCAAAGUUCAAGGCAGACCCAACGGAUGAGACUCCGAUGGUCGUGGAGGAGCCAGACUUCAUGGUGUGCGUCUUGGACGGUGGGAAGCUUACAAUCCCUUCGACGAUCCGGGCGCAAUGGAUUGGUGACCCGAUCCGUGCUCCUGAGUGGCGGAAAAUUCUCAAAUCUUUCGAUGCCAAGUGGGCUGAGCCGCAUGCUGGUGCAACUCAGACUGCUGAGGUGACCGAUGCACCAAAUGGCAUUGGUGAAGCUGCUGCAGAAGUUUUCCAGUGGAACAUGGCCUUUCCUGGUGAACCCACCACAAAGGCGGACCUUGACACCAAAUAUGGACCUGCUUUGCACUCUUUCGCUUCCAACUCAGAGCUUCAAGGCGCGAUCUAUGAGGGGCCCAAGCUGUUUGUGCUCGCGUCCCAGGAUGGAGAGAUUUCAGCCGAUGAGCCCGCAUUCAUGUUCGGGGCGGGCACAUGGCUGCUUGACGCCAAAGCAGUUACCUUCUGCCAGGAGCUGGGGUUCAAACAUAUGUGGAAAAUGUUCUCUUUUAAAGCAGGUACUUGA